AUGUUUAUGUUAUGUUUCUGUUAUUUUUACAGCUUUUUGUCCGAACUUGACAGCGCCACAUUGACAGCCCUGGACAUUGAUCUUGAAAUGGAAAGUGCCCCCGAAGCAGUAGGAGUGCAGGCCCAGACAGAGGGUGAGCCCACAGGUCCAGCAGAGGUGCAGACAGAAGGUGAAACAUGCAGUGAGUCAUCACCAAUCCUUCCUGUCUUUGGCCCAAUGACUUUGGAUGAGACCAUCGAGGAUAUGAAAUCCAGGAUAAAGCCUGCAAUUGAAGGACUGGCAAUACCUGGGGAACACCUGAAUAGGUAUCUUGAGUUGUUGAAGGCGGACAGGGUUAUUGUGGAGGUGGAAAAGAUUGUAGAGUUGCUGGAAGGAAAUUGUCCAGAAAUUGGGUGUACAGGUCAACGAAAAGUCAUAAGUAAAAAAUUGGAGGGUGGUGUGUUGCUGAUAACACACAAGUGUAGUAAUGGUCAUGGUGGUAUGUGGAGUUCUUCAUCUAUUUUGGGUGAAAAACGUGGCCAAAAAAUGUAUGUGUCAUCUGUGUUGUUGGCCUCAUCAGUUCUGGUGUCAGGAAACAACUUUGAGAAAGUUGCUCUGCUAGCAAAGAGCAUGAAUUUGAAUUUUGUUUCGUCUUCCACCUUCUCAAGGGUUCAGAGUUUAUAUGCUGUACCCAGCAUCAGGGACAUGUGGGAUAAAAUGAAGGAAGUGGUUUGGAAGGUUUUUGAGAAAGAUGUUCUUGUGGUUUGUGGUGAUGGAAGGAUGGAUUCCCCUGGGUUCAGUGCAAAGUACUGUGUGUAUACAAUGAUGGAGCACUACCUUAAUGUAAUUGUGGAUCUUGAGGUGGUUGACAAACGAGAAGCAGGUGGUACGUCCUCUUUAAUGGAGAAGAUGGGGUGUAAACGACUUUUGGAGAGGAUGAUGAAUGGCCUCAAGCUUGGAGAGGUUGUGACGGAUGCAUCACGAGUCAUCAUGAAAAUAGUCAGGGAACUUAAAGGUAUUUUUAAGUUUUUAUUUUUAAUUUUUCCCAGGGCGUCUUUUUUUCUGUAACAAGUUGGAUGUUUUAAUACCAAAUUCAAAUCAACCAACCUAUUCCAACAUACAAUACUACCAUUGUUACUUAUGAAAUAAUAAAACUGCUUUUUCUAAUAAAUUUACUCUGCUUAAAGGCUAGUUUACAGAGUGGAAUGACAGAUUUCCCUUAUGGUUUUUUUCUGGUUUCUGAAUUCAUGACAAAUUUAUUGUGUCUUUUCACAGUUAAAUUUGUCCUAUGUUAACACAUUUCUAAUUUGUUUAUUAUCAUUUUUGCAGAAGCAAAUUGUGAAGUGCUUGGAAACCUUUUCCACUCCCUUGACAUCUGGCAUAAAUCUAUAAAGCUGACUGCCAAGAUAACCACUGUAUGUAGAUUCUGAUUUAUUACUUGUAAAUAAUCCCUCAGAACUGAUUUAGUCCAUUUUGUGUUGUGCUUAACUAUAUUUUGUAUUCCUAUCUCUCAAUAUUUCAACAGACUUGACUGCCAAUGUGCUUCCUUUUUUAUAGGCUGGGAAGAUUAAGGGCUGUGACCAACUGUUACAGUGGGUUGAACCUGUGAGGAACCAUUUCUGGCAUUGUGCAGAAACUUGUGAUGGAGAUGUUGAAGAGCUGAAGGUAUAAGUCUUACAAUUAUUUGUUUGACUGUUUGAAACUGGAUUGCUCCUGGUGACAUUUAAAAUCAAAACAAUUUUUAUGUUUUAUUAAGGGUAUGUGGCUGGGAAUCCUACAUCAUGUCUGUGGAGAGCAUGAGUGGGAUGGCGGGAUGUGUUCCCAUGGACCACUCACAGAAAUAGAAGGUGGAAAAGAAUACCUCCCUAUGACUUCCAAGGCUGCCAAGGAACUCCGAAAGAUUGUUUUAGACCGGGAGUGGCUGAAAAGUCUAGAGCAUUAUGUCAGGUUCAGGUAUGGAUUUUUUAGGAUCUCUGUGGUUUUAAUCACUCUUUCUUGAAACUCUAUCAGUUGUGUCCUCAACCAGCUACAAUGUUUAUAACAACUUACACUUUAUCUGGACUGAGGCAAUAAAAAGUAAUUUUUUACGCAUUUUUUUUAACUUUUUCUUCCUAGAGGUUUUUUAGUUACUGGAGAGGUGCAUAACAAAGGCCAAAUAUGACCUCUGACAUUUUGUCAAAUUUCCUUCUCUUGCUAAGAUAUUGUAAGCAAGUUGAAAUUAUUUUCAAGCUUUGAACUAGUAGUUUUUGUGGGGGCUAGAUGGACAGGAUUUACAGGGAAUCUGGCUGGUCUUUACUUAGUUAAAAUAAAAUCAUUUUUUUAGGCAUACAAGCAAUUUGGAAAACUUCAAUUCCAUGCUUCUAAAGUAUGCACCAAAGAGGAUUGCCUUUGCGUAAGUACAUUUCACUAUUAAUUAGACAGUGCAUGCUUUACCAGACAAUAUUAAAUGGUGACAUUUUCAGAUGCUAUUGUCCUCCUUAAGUAUUAAUAAAUGGGUUGUAAUAUCAUGUUUUAGGUAUGAAGUUUUUACUGGACGGAUUUUGCUCGCAGCUCUUGACCACAAUUUUCAUGUUUUCCGGAAGACACUGGAAGGCCGGUUUAAGAAAAUUUAUUCUAAAAGAUCAGGUAACUGGAGGGUGGAACCGGUGAAGGGGUCAAAGCAAUAUCCUCACAUGUCUCUGCUCCAGGCAGACAUCUUAAGACGCCGCAGUGAAGACACAGAAGCUGUUACCAGACACAUUGAAGUUUCCCCUGCAAAUCCUGUCCAUCUGGCUCCAACAAUAGCCAUGAAAAGGGCCCCUUCGACUGAGGAGCUGGUCAAAGCCAAAUUAUCUCGAUUUCAAAUGGAAAAGAAAUCACAAUAGGUGCCAAAGAACUCAGCAUCAGUAAAAAUGCAAUCUUUGAAAUUACUUUGAAGUGGUGUGUAGAAAAAGAAACUAGAUUACAUGUACUCUUGAAAUACUGUUUAAUUCCCCUUUGUUCUACAAGGAAAUGUAGGGAAAUUUAGAAUAAGCAGUAACAAAUUUAACAAAACCCACACUACAGCUUCCUUUGUUGCACACACUCUUUUUCAGUUUUCAAUCCAGUUAGAAUAAAUAAAUAGAUACAUUAUUUAUUUAUGAUAAUAAUUAUUGUUAUUGUCAGUGGUUGCAAAUUUACCCACAGUUCUUCAUCUAAAAUAUUCAAGGUAAACUGGUAAUGUAAAGAAGUAGAUUUUUGAGGGAUAAUCCACAAAGAACAAAGCCUCCCAAAUA